AUGAGCAUUUCUUUCGUUACACGAGUGGACGAUGGCUAUGGAAUGAAAAACAGCAGUGAGCUUCAAAGCCUUGCGGCGAAAGCUGUUGGUUCAGACCGCUGCAUCUCCAUGACGAAGCUGGCCGAGGGCGGAUAUAACAGAGUCUUCCGAUUGACCAUGAAUGAUAAAAAGAAAGUGCUGGCUCGUAUACCAAACCCAAAUGCCGGUCCAGCAUUUAAAUUCGACCGCUUCCGAAGUCGCUACUAUGGAGCUUAUUGGGGUGCCACGUCGGACAACGCCGUUGGCUCUAAAUAUAUUAUUAUGGAAGAAGCAUCUGGAUCACAGCUUGAACUUGUAUGGGACCAGCCGAGUCCAGACAAAAAGCUUUCCAUCAUGAGGGAGAUAGUGACUAUCGAGUCGAAGAUGCUUGCAGUAUCGUUUUCUCACUUUGGCAGCAUAUAUUUUGCGAGUGAUGCAGUGGAAAGCGCAGUUCCAGCCUUCCUGACCAGUGAAGCUUCCUCCGAGCUCAAAAACCAAGUCAACAAGAAGUUCAGUAUUGGGCCUACUGUGGACCGGGGAUUUUGGAACAAGGAACGCUCGUCGAUGCAGAUCUCGCAGGGUCCAUGUAAGUAG